AUAAAGGAAAACAUAGGGGAAAGAUAAAUUUUUUUUUUUUUUUUUAUGAGACAAAACGCGAUAAUCAGUGUCUAGUUGAAAAUCUAAGGAAUGGACUUCUUUGACGGACCUUAUUUUCAGAUAAAUAAAUUUUUUCUCUUUGUCAUUGGACAGUGGCCAUAUCUUUCAUUGAAACGAAAACGUUGCAUACAAUUUUUAAUUACUUUUUCAUUAUUCUCUUGUUUAUUUCCAUCGGUGACGGGUUUAAUAUCAGUUUGGGGCAAUGUGGAUCAAAUGAUAGAAUGUCUUCCACCAAUUUUUACAGCUCUUGGAUGUAUAAUUUACACAUUUGCUUAUAUAUGCAAAGAGGAAAAACUAAAAAUUCUUCUUGAAAGAAUAAAAAGUGAUUGGAAAAUCUGGUCGUUUGGUGAUGAAAACGCUAUUCUCUCUAGCCACGCUGAGCAUGGAAGAAAUUAUACAAUACUUUAUGCGGGUUGCGUAACUGGUACGACAAUAACGUACGCUGCAAUGACAUUGACACCACAAUUUUUGAAUAUUAUUUUACCAAUAAAUGAAACACGACAAAAAAAAUUGCCCUUUCCAUUGGAUUAUUUUGUUGAUUCAAAUGAAUAUUUUUAUUGGAUUGAAUUUCAUAUUUUUAUCACUGCUACUGUUGAAAUGUGCGUUCUCAUUGGUUCGGAAUCAAUUUUUGCCGUUUUCACUGAACACGCCUGCGGUUUAUUUCGAAUAAUCGGGUAUCGUUUGAAAUCAGUGAAAAAUAUUUAUAAUUGUAAAACGAGAUCUAAAAAAGACGUUGAAGAGGCAACUUAUAAAAUUAUCACUUUUUGCAUUGAACAACACAAUCGAGCAAUUGAAUUUUGUGAUACAAUUGAGUCUUGUUUUUCCAUUUGUUUUUUCUUUACAAUGGGAUUGAAUUCAAUUAUUAUAAGUGCCACUUUGUUACAGGUUGUUGUCAAUAUGGAUAAGCUGAAUGAUGCUGUGAAAUUUGCAACAUUUUCCAUUGCCUUAAUUAUUCAUCUUUAUUUUAAUAGUUUACCGGCACAACGAUUGAUGGAUCACAGUAUUUUUCUAGCCGAUCUUAUGUACGAUGGCUUUUGGUAUCAGUUGCCGUUGAAACCAAAAAAACUUUUGUCAAUGAUUAUUAUGAGAACGAGUGCACCUUGUACAUUAACUGCUGGCAAUAUUUGUGUCAUGUCCCUUAAAACUUUUUGUACGAUUCUUCAAACUUCGUUUUCAUACUUUACUCUACUUUCCUCAGUUGUUGUAAAUCUCAAUAAAAUUGAUAUUGCUGUGAGAUUUGGAGCGUUUACUGGAGCUUCCAUCGCUCAUCUUUUUUUAAAUAGUCUCCCCGCGCAAAGAUUAAUGGAUUAUAGUGCCAAUCUCGCAGAUAAUUUAUAUGAUAGUUCUUGGUAUCAGAUGCCAGUGAAAAUAAGAAAACUUUUAUUAUUAAUAAUGAUGAGAAGUCGUGUUCCGUGUAAAUUAACUGCUGGAAAAAUGUUGGAUUUAUCAUUGAGGAGUGUUUGUUCGAGAGAGAGAGGGAGAGGUGACAUGACGACUGAUUUGUUUGAUAAUCGUUAUUUUUAUAUUAAUAAAUUUUUUUUGUCUAGCAUUGGCCAAUGGCCUUAUCACACCACAAGACGAAAUCUUUUCAUACAAAGUUUUAUAUUUAUAAUUUCUAUUAUCUAUUUAAUUGCUACGGUGUCUGGUAUUUUAAAAAUAUGGGGAAGUGGAGAUAAAAUGAUGGAGUGCCUUCCACCAAUUUUUACUGCAGUUGGUUGUUUAAUUUAUAGUGCCAUUUUUUUAUUCAAUCAAAAUAAGUUAAAUCAACUUUUUAAUAAAAUUAAAUGCGAUUGGGAACUUUGGUCCUCUGAUUGGGAACAAUUAAUUAUUUCUAAUCACGCUAAUCAUGGAAGGAUUUAUACUAUUUUUUACACAGGUUGUAUAUUUAUGACAUUAAUUACUUAUUUGUUAAUGUCAAUAACUCCACAAAUACUUGACAUUGUUUUUCCUCUUAAUGAAUCGCGACCAAAAACAUUGCCAACACAAAUGUAUUAUUUUACCGAUUAUUCGGAAAAAUAUUAUUAUUGGAUUAUUAUUCAUAUUGGAUUUACAGCAACAUUACAAAUGUGUGUUCUCAUUGGUUCUGAAUCAAUUUUGGCAAUUUUCACUGAACACGCAUGCGCUCUUUUUAAAAUAAUUGGUCUACAAUUGAAAAAAAUCAAUAGUUUCGAAAGUGAUGAAAAUAAUUUGAAAAUAGUGAUUUUUUGCAUAGAACAACAUAAUCGUGCGAUUGAAUUUUGCAAUAUCAUCGAAUCUCUUUUCAGUCCUUGCUUUUUUUUCAUAAUGGGAUUGAAUACAAUAUUAAUUUCUGCUUCUUUAAUUCAGGUUGUUACAAAUUUUGAUAAACUCGAUAUUGCUGUGAAAUUUGGUGUCUACACUGGAGCUUCCAUUGCUCAUCUUUUAUUAAACAGUCUACCCGCACAAAGAUUAAUCGACUACAGUGCUAAUAUUACUUAUGAUUUAUACGAUGGUCCUUGGUAUCAAAUGCCAGCAAAAAUAAGAAAAAUGCUACUAUUAAUUAUGAUGAGAAGCAGAAUUCCUUGUAAAAUAACUGCUGGAAAAAUGUUUGUUUUAUCAUUGAAAAAUAAUUGUUCGGUGGCUGGAUUUUUUAGAGCAUGGGGAAAUAGUGAUAAAAUGAUAAGUUGCACUCCUGUAAUGAUUACAGGCACUGGUUCUCUUCUUUUUAUGCUUAUAAUUUCUUUAAAUCAAAAAAAGUUUGGUCAACUUUAUCGGGAAAUUAAAUUUGAUUGGGAAUUUUGGUCGACCGAACAAGAAUUAUUAAUUAUUUCUAAUUGUGCCAAUCAUGGAAAAUUAUUUACUCUUUUUGACACAGCUUGUGUAAUUGGAACAGAAAUUGUUGAUAUCACAUGGAUAUUAAGUCCAAAAAUUCUCGACAUUAUUUUACCUGUGAAUGAAUCACGAUCCAAAGAAUUGCCCUACGAACCAUAUUAUUUUGUUAAUUAUUCUGAAAAUUAUUUUUAUUUGAUUACAUUUCACAUUUCGUUAAAUGAAAUUUUAAUAAGUAUUAUUGUUAUUUGUGUUGGAUCAACUUUGGUAACGUUGACCGAACAAGGAUGUGCAUUAUUUAAAAUAAUUGGCCUACAGUUAGAAAAAAUUAAUAACAAUGAAAAUGAAAAAAAGAAUUUGGAGAAUUUAUUUUUUUGCAUAGAACAUCAUAAUCGAGCGAUUGAAAUUUGCAGAACUAUUGAAUCUAUUUAUGGACCUUGUUUUUUAUUCAUUGUAGCAUGUAAUGCUUCUUUAAUUUCCGUAUGUUUAACUCAGCUUGUUGUACAUCUUAAUGAUUUCAAAUCUAUAAAAUUUCUCUUCUUUGGUGGAAGUUCUCUUCUUCAUUUAUUUUUUAUCAGUUUCUUUACACAAAGAUUAAUGGAUUACAGCACUAGUCUCAUGGAUGUUAUAUACAGCAGUGCUUGGUAUCAAAUGCCAAUGAAAAUAAGAAAAAAUUUAUUAUUUAUUAUGAUGAGAAGCGGAAAAACUAGUAAAAUAACUGCUGGUAAAAUAAUGGAUAUGUCAAUGGCUAGUGCUUGUUCGCUCGUUGUACAUCUUGAUAAUUUUCAAGUUGCAUUAAAAUUUACAUUAUUUGGUGGAAGUUCAAUGAUUCAUUUAUUUUUUAUCAGUUUCUUUUCACAAAGAUUAAUCGAUUAUAGCACUGGACUCACAGAUGUCAUAUACGAUAGUUGUUGGUAUGAAAUGCCAGUGAAAAUAAGGAAAAUUUUAUUACUUAUUAUGAUGAGAAGUCGAGUUCCGUGUAAAAUAACUGCUGGAAAAAUGUUGGAUAUGUCAUUAAAAAGUGCAUGUUCGAUUGGUGAACUUUAUCAUGAAAUCAAAUUUGAUUGGGAAUUUUGGUCCUCAGAACAAGAACAAUUAAUUAUUUUAAAUCACGCCAAUCAUGGAAAAUUGUUUACUUUUUUCUGCACUGAUAUGAUGGUUCGUGGUAUCAAAUGCCAGUGAAAAUAAAGAAACUUUUGUUACUUAUUAUGAUGAGAAGUCAAGUACCAUGUAAAAUAACUGCUGGUAAAAUGAUGGAUAUGUCAUUAUCAAGUGCUUGUGCGAUACGACGGUUCUUGGUAUCAAAUGCCAAUAAAAAUAAGAAAAAUUUUAUUACCUAUUAUGAUGAGAAGCCGAGAACCUUGUAAAUUAACUGCUGUCAAAAUGUUGGAUAUUUCAUUAUCA